AUGGCCGCGCGCGCGCUCGGCCUCCCGUUCGGCGGAAGCUGCCCCAAGGGCCGGCGCGCGGAGGACGGGGAGAUCCCGCGGGCGCUGGCGGAGCAAAUGGCGGAGCUCCCGCAGGCGGAAUACAGUGCGCGAACAGAGCGGAACGUGGCGGACGGUGAUGUGACGCUGGUGCUGCUGCUGCAGAGCCCGUGGGAGGGAGGGGAGGCAGGAGAAGCAGGAGGAGCAGGAGGAGCAGACGAAGCAGGGGGAGCAGGAGGAGCAGGAAAGGCAGGAGGAGCAGGAGGGGCAGGAGCAGCAGGGGGGGUUGUGAGUGCAGGCACGUGGCUGACACUGGAGCUGGCAGCAAGGUAUGGCAAGCCGUGUAUGGUGGCCGUGCUGCCUCCGUGCUGCCGCUGCAUGGAGAGAUGCCAUGGUGUUGAUCGUGCAUUGCCGUAUGGUGGUCAUGCCGAUGCUGCUGAUCUGUGCGAGGAGGAGCAACAGCAGCAACAGCAGCAGGAGCAUAGUGAGAGCAGCAAGGUGUGCUGCAGGCGGUGGCAGGACAGAGAGGGAGCAUGUGAGGAGAGGAUGGGAGGUGUGGUGGAGAGGGUGUGUGUGUGGCUGGAGCAACAGAAGGCGCGUGUGGUGAACAUGGCAGGGCCUCGGGAGAGUGAACAACCAGGGCUCACUCAUGCUGCUGUGUGCUUCACCACUGCUCUGCUGCUGCGGUGGAAGGAGGCGUUGCCAUAG